AUGUGCAAUGCAACUCAUAUUGGGGAGACCGGUGGGAAUGCUGGAGAAAGGAUUAAUGAACAUAUGGCAGGAAACCGACCAAAAAGCUUGAUAACACCACUAGGAAGGCAUAGACAUGAGGCCUACAAUGGAAACGAUUAUGAUGUGAAAUGCGUUAUGCUGGCUCACGAAACAGAAAUAUCGGCAAAGAAGACGUUGAAAGUGUUUUGGAUUCUUGGAAGAAACCCUUCAAUGAAUAAUAGGAAUGAAUGCUUAACGAAUGAGUUCUUGCCACUUGUACCGUCCCGUGAUCUGUGA